AUACAUACAUACAUACAUAACUAAACAUAUUUGAAAAAUAAAUAUUAAUACAACUAGUCAAAACUCAGUCUCACCUUCCACAAGAUCACCACCACCAAUAAAUAAAAAUCAAUGCCAGUUAAGCACCACUCUGUUUUAUAUAAAUUAGGGUUCCAAUUAAGUUCCAAGCAAAGAACAGGCAAUUAAGAGAGAGUAGUUGAGAUCAAUGGAAAAACAAACCCUAAUAUUCAUCCCCAUUCCUGCAGCUGGUCACCAUGCAUCAAUGGUGGAGAUGGCCACAAGGCUCCUCCAUCACAACCCUAUUUUCUCAGCAACCAUCCUCCACAUCCCCUUCCAUGACUUCCCUCUCCCUUCUUCAUCAACCUCAAACCCUAAUAACCUCUCAUUCCAUGAGCUCCCUCACCUUGAACCACCUCAACCAAACCCUAAUGAAACCUAUUCCGUCUAUGUCUCUCUCUUGGUUCAACUCUACAAACCUCACGUCAAAGAAGCUAUCUCUGCUCUCUCCGGUGAUGUUCUUGUUAUUGACUUCUUCGCCACAACACUAAUCGAUGUUGCUGAUGAGCUCGGCAUUCCUACUUACAUCUACUGCACCUCCAACGCUGCCAUGCUUGCUGUCAUGCUCCAUCUUCCAAUUCUUGAUGAAGAGAUACACCAAGACUUUGAAGAACUAGAGCAAGACCUUAUUCAAGUCCCUGGCUUACCACUCAUUAGUCCACGGUCAUUGCCGGAGUCGAUCGCUAGCAAGAAGAUGCAGUCUUAUGCUUGGUAUCUCUACCACGGCCGUAGAUUCUUAGAAGCAAGAGGAAUCAUAGUGAACACAUUUAUAGAACUCGAACAUGCGACCUUAAGAUCCUUAUCUAAAAGAAUUACAAAUAUUUAUAGUAUCGGUCCGAUACUUAGUAUGCAAAAAAGAGAAAAUUAUAGGCAUGAAUGCAUGAAAUGGCUUGAUGAACAGCCGGAGAAGUCAGUGGUGUUCUUGUGCUUUGGAAGUAGAGGGAGGUUUGGAGAAGAGCAAGUUAAGGAAAUGGCAGGAGGGAUUGAGAGGAGUGGGAAGAGGUUCUUGUGGGUGAUGAAGGGUUUGGAAGGGAUGUUGCCGGAGGGAUUUGAAGAGAGGAAUAGAAAAAAUGGGGUAGUUUGGAAGGAGAGUGUACCACAAGUGGAAGUACUGAGUCAUAGAGCAGUGGGUGGGUUUGUGACUCACUGUGGAUGGAACUCAGUUAUGGAGAGCUUGUGGUUUGGAGUGCCAAUGAUGACUUGGCCAUUGUAUGCAGAGCAACAUAUGAAUGCAUGGUUGAUGGUGAAGGAAUGGGGGGUGGGAGUGGAGUUGAGAGUUGAGAGAGCUGGUGGGGUGGUGAUCAAGAAGGAGGAGAUAGAGAAUGGAGUUAGGUGUUUGAUGGAGGAGAGCAACGUUAGGGUUAGGGUUAUGGAGAUGAAGAGUGUUUGUAGGAGCGCUGUAAAUGAUGGAGGGUCUUCUUUUGCUUCUUUUGAGGGUUUGGUUAAGGAUAUGUUCUUGGUCAAAGCAAGACUCAAGAGUCGGAGGGGAGAACAAUUGCAUGUAAUUAAGGGCUUGGAGUAAGAUUAAUUAAUGUGGUUAUGAGAGUUUAUUUUCUUUUUAAUAAAAAAAGAAUAUUUGCUUU